UAAAAUUUCCAGGAUCAGAACAUCAGAAGAAGCGAGCUAUUCUCUUCCAUACUGGCAUUAAAACGUGCACGAGGUUGAGGGUCCGACUAACACAAUCGAGAUAUUCUAGACUAAUCUAGAAAUCUCAUAUUCAGAAAAUGAGAGCGAAGUGGCGAAAAAAGAGGAUGCGUAGGCUAAAACGUAAAAGGAGGAAAAUGCGUGCGAGGUCUAAAUAAAUUUUAUAUCUAUAACCUCUCUGUAAGAGUAACAUUAUCAACCAGGUCAACUUUAAAAAAUUGUAUCGAUUUCAACUUUCACAAUUAACUUCUCCUAUGCAGAGAGUUCAUUUUAUUACCAUGCACGUGACUUAUACAAUUUAAUAAAUUGAUCGUUUAAAUUACUUGGAACCUUGUUUUCUUAACCUUAACCUCCAUAAUGUAAAAUUAAAAAAUAUAUUAUACAAUUAUAAUAUGAGUUGAUAUAAAAUUAGAAAAUAUGUUAUACAAUUAUAAUGAUUUAAUAGUGAUAGCGAUCAAAUGGAAUAACUGGCGUUUACGUUAUUCGAAUAAACUUAACCUCGCUGUAUAUGUACAGAACAACAUGCAAACUGUACUAACAAGUCUAUUACGAACAAAAAUACAAUUUUAUAAAUAUUUAAAACCUCGUACAAAUGUAGUAACAUAUUCUCAAUUAAGACAAAUUACGAUGUUUCCAAAUAACAAUCAAAAACAAUAUAAUGACGAUGAAAAUAUUGAAAACGAGUCACAUAACCUAGUCGGUUCGCUUAGUACCACUCAUAAAGUUUUUGAAGAUGAAAAUGCAGAAAUUAUUUUUGAUGUCAGUGAAAAACAAGAAAUGAUUAAUUUAGAAGAUUUAAGAAUUGAGGAAGAACCUCACGAUCCUUAUGAAGGAAUAAAUUUAAAACGUGGCGUAAACGGUGUGUUUGAAAUAGAAGAUCUUAUAUCAUUAUUACAAAAAAGUAAUGCCAAAAAUAUCUUUGUUACUUCUGUACCCUCUGAAUUACAAUAUGUUGAUUACGUAGUUAUAGUAACAGGUAGUUCAAAGAAGCAUAUGCAGUCACUUGCUAAUUUUAUCCGGAAAGUGUAUAAAUUAAAAAAGAACAAAACAGAUUUCUUGCCAAAAAUUGAAGGAGAAGAUUCAAAAGAUUGGCUUGCUUUAGAUUUAGGAAAUAUUGUAUUGCAUAUUUUUUCAAGUUUUGCUAGAUCAUUAUAUGAUUUAGAAACAUUGUGGUCAGUUGGGCCUGAUUAUGACGAUAAAAGUAGAGGUUCUACUGACGAAGACAUUAUGGAACAAUAUAAUACGUUUUUAUCUGAUUUAGAACCAAUUGAGAAUAAUGAUGAUGAUAAAAAGAGUGAAAUGUAUAGACAAUAAAUAUAAAAAUUAUCUAAAUGA